GCAGUGAUGGCAAUUCUUCUCUCUCUCUCAGAUCCGUGCAGUAACGGCGGUAUGUGUCAGGACCGUGUGAACGCCUUUGUGUGUGUGUGUUUGGCUGGUUUCCGUGGUGAGCGCUGUGCAGAGGACAUCGACGAGUGUGUGAGCGCCCCCUGCCGAAACAGAGGGAACUGCACCGACUGCGUCAACAGCUACACCUGCAGCUGUUCUGUAGGAUUCAGCGGCAUCAACUGUGAGAUCAACACACCCGACUGCACUGAGAGCUCUUGUUUUAAUGGCGGAACAUGUGUGGACGGCAUAAACUCUUUCUCAUGCGCGUGUUUGCCGGGAUUCACUGGGAAUUACUGCCAGCAUGACGUUAACGAGUGCGACUCGCGGCCGUGUCAAAACGGAGGCACCUGUCAGGAUGGAUACGCGACUUAA